UCUAGCUAGUCUAGAUUGCUACAAAUUGGUAAAGGCAAAUCCAAAAUCUUGUUCUGCCCUCCGCAAGGUAACAACCUUUUUUCUUUCAAAACAAGAGUCCGAUUGCAGCCGCUAUUCUGGUCCGAUAGACAACAUCAAAGAGAAGGAAAUGUUAGGUGCGCUCAGUUCUGCAAGUUUAACACUUGGUCCGGGUUGUGCUCCGGCACAAUUCGCCGCCCAAUGCAGCAACGAUGGCGUAGCCAAAGCCUUAGCGUUUCCCAGCAGCAACAACCGCGCCCAGUUGUUGAUUAAGAGCUCCUUCACUUCAGCUUCCAGGACCACACCAUCCUUUAGGACUGCCGUUGCUGCAGUUGACUCCGACCAGCUCAGUCCCGAGAAGCAACAUGCCCAAAAAUACUAUUUUGUUGUUGCGAAUGCAAAGUUCAUGCUCGAUGAAGAGGAACACUUCAAGGAGCUCUUGUAUGAGAGGCGUCGGUACUAUGGAGAAAAUGAUAAAGAACAGGACUUCUGGCUUGUAAUCGAGCCCAAGUUCUUAGAGAAAUUUCCCGACAUUACAAAGAGGUUGCGCAGGCCUGCUGUUGCCUUGGUUUCAACUAAUGUCCCUUGGAUCACGUUUAUGAAAUUGAGGUUGGACAGAGUUUUAUCGGAUAGCUACGGAGCUGACAGUCUUGAAGAAGCUUUAGCCUCAAAUCCUACCAAGCUGGAGUUUGAGAAGCCAGAAAACUGGGUGGCACCCUAUCCAAAAUAUGAAUUUGGAUGGUGGGAGCCCUUCUUGCCUACAGGAGUUAAAGUUUGAAUAUAGCAUUUUCGGCUAUCGAUUUUUGUUUAGUUCUAAUUGUUUCUGUAACAGAUGAAAGAUCAAUGUGGUAGUCUGUUUUGCAUAUGAUUUGAUACUUUGGUAGAGAA